AUGACGAGGACGACGCAUCCCGAGGACUUUGUGGUCACAGACCGGGGCGGCAUCAUCGAAAACAGACACGCUGUCCAUGCUGCAGUCGUCGACUCAAAUGGCAGGCUUAUUUUCGCCGUCGGCAACCCGUCGCGCAUGACCCUGGCGCGGUCCGCCGCCAAGCCCGCCCAGGCGUUGGCGGUUCUCGAGACACCCAACUUCGACACUUAUGGAUUCGAUGAAGCCGACCUCGCCUUAAUGUGCGCCUCUCAUAACAGCGAAGAGCGUCAUGUCGCAAGGGCAAAAUCGAUGCUGUCCAGAGUUGGAGCUCAGGAAUCAGACCUGCGUUGCGGUGGCCAUCCAUCCAUCUGUCCGGUCCUGAACAACUCAUGGAUCAGGGCCGACUUCACACCGACCGAGAUUUACAAUAACUGUUCCGGAAAACAUGCUGGUAUGCUGGGCGGUGCAAAGGCUCUUGGUGCCGGGUUCGCCGAUUAUCAUCUCCCAACUCACCCAAUCCAGAUCAGGGUUAAGCAGAUUGUGCAAGACUUGAGCGGUCUGGAAGAGGAUGAUGUUCAGUGGGCCAUCGACGGCUGUAAUCUCCCUGCACCAGGUCUCCCUCUGGUGUCCAUGGGACGCGUCUACGCAGGUUUCGCCGCAGCUGCCAACGCCGUGGAGCAGGACGAUAACACCGUAGCACCGAGAACCAGAAAGAUGGGUCGGAUUUUCAACGCCAUGUCAACAUAUCCGGAAAUGGUAGGAGGUGAAGGUCGUUUCUGUACGGUACUCAUGGAGGCUUUCAAAGGAGCCAUCAUCGGCAAGGUGGGCGCCGACGGGUGUUACGGAGUUGGUGUUCGAGCUUGUGAGUAUACAAAGCAGCUUGGUGCGGAUGGCGCUGUAGGAAUUGCCGUUAAGAUCGAGGAUGGAAGUCUCGAGAUCCUUUACGCUGCAGUUGCGGAAAUCUUUGAACAACUCCGCAUUGGAAGCGACGAGGCGAGACAAAAGCUGGCAGACUUCCACCACCCCAAGAGGCUGAACACGAUGGAUGUGGAGACGGGCAAGGUCUCUCAUGCUUUCCAAAUACGGGAGAGUUGUUAUUGUUAA